UAUCUGUCCUGUGUCAUUCUUGAGCUAUAUACCGUUCUAGUCAACUUCUUUUUUCUUCCAUAUUUCACUUUGGCGUGUAAUAAUGUCUUUCUCGUGUGCUGUUUUCUCUCACUGCCUUCCCAAAUCACCAAUUUAACAGCAUACAUUCACAAGACAGUUGAUUUGCUUGUCUUGUGUUAAAUCUCUUACAGGAUUUGAUUUUUGAAGCCAACUGGGAUGUAACAGACAGAAACAGCAUUCUUUUGGGAUCAGGUGAUUCUGUGGUGGGACAAUUCUGAUGGAAAAAAGAAAAGAAAAUGUUGUUGGAAAAUUCUGGUGGGACAAUGCUGAUGAGUGAUAACUUCUUCCCCCAUCUCCUCAUCCCUUGAAAUGUGUGAUUGUCAGAAAAACUUGGGUAGGGCUAGAAAGAGAGAGAAAAAAAAAGAAAGAGGAUACCCCUUUGAUAUCUGAUUCUGGACACAAGCUGUAGGUGUUACUUCAACUGGAUUCUGGAUAAAUAAUAUAUUAGAUACAGCUUGAAGUUAUGUCUGCGUAUGGCCAUCAAGUGGAGCGGAUGAAUUCUACAAGGAGUCUCUCAGGUGGUGGUUCUGAGUUGCGGAGGAGCAGUUUUGUGCUGGAAUCAGGAUUCUACAUCACAUCCUUUGCCGCAACCAUCUUUGUUGUGGCAUUAGCCGCCACAGGACUUUUAUUAAUUACUUUAUUGGUUUCACUGGCAAUGAUGCUGCAAUCUUGUCAAAGUAGCCAUGCUGGAAUUAUUCAGCUUCAGAAUAUAAAUGAUGAGUAUAAUUAUUGCAAGCUUUAUUCUCUGCAUGCUAAGCUCAAUAACUUGGAAAGACAUAAUUUUCCUAGCCUCUGCAAGGACCUGGCCAUGAAGUAUAUCAAGGAAGGUCAAUAUGCUAGAGACUUGGAUUCAACCAAGUCUGUGAUUGAGGAUUACUUCAACAGUGUUAGACCAUCAGAUGAUGGUCUUGAUGUGGUGUUGAUAGACAUAGAUGGCAUAUUUCCACCAAUUCCCCAUUCUUCCAAUUUGUUUCAAAGCAGCAUUAACAAUUGUAUAUUAGAAGCAAAGAAUUUGAAGAGGAUGCUUGUUUUAAGAUUAUACAUGAACCUUCAUGCUGGUGGGUGGUCCAUAAUUUUGUUAUCAAGAGAGCAUGGAACACGCCAAAAUGUCACCAUCAAUCAUCUUCUCUCCGCUGGAUUUAGAGAUUGGUCUUCCUUGAUGAUGAGUGAAGAAGAUGAAGAAUCUACCAAAGGGAAUGAGUGUUUUGCUAGGCAAAGGAAUGUGAUACAGAAGAAGGGCUUCCGCAUAAUAAGUAUCAUGAGCAGUCAAAUGGAUGCUUUGACUGUUGCAGAUAGAGGAAUAAGAAUUUUUUUGCUUCCGGACCCUAUAUUUGACAAGUUUAAGCAGCAAAGGAGAGCAUAGAUGCUGGAUAUAUUAGUUUCAUCCUACAAUACAGGAUAAUUUGGUUUUUGUUCGACUAGUUUAAUUCUCUGCAUCUCUCCUAUUGUUCAUAUUAGGGAUGUUGUAAUCGCAUGUCAUUGUCUGCCAAAGACAAUGUAGGGAACAGAUUUGUUUUAAUUGAACACAGCAUUACUGGUA